AUGACAUUAUUGACGUGGCGCGAGGAUUGUAAUUGUGGAUAUCGUGCAAUUGCAUCUUUACUUGGAAUGGGUGAGAACUUUUGGGCCUUCAUUCGUCAAGAGUGUGUGGUAGAGCUUCAAGAAUUCAUGUCUCAUUACGAGAUAAUAUAUGGUGGACAAAUUUUUGUUCAACAACUUAUACACAAUGUAUAUGUUGAACAUGUUGCAACUUUGGAUAAUUGGAUGACACUUCUAAAAAUGGGAUAUGUGAAUGCUUCGAAAUUUAAGUUGGUUUUCGCCGCAUUAUCACUUAACCAAUCACAAACAUUUUUUCCACUUAGAAGUCCACCACCAACACUUAUUUCUGAUCAUCGUAUGAUAAUUAUUGCAUUUGUUAAUAACUGUCAUUUUGUGCAGGUUUAUUUAAAGCCAAAUUCUCCUAUACCACCACCAAGUAAUUUGUGGAGAAAAAAUUGCACAGAAGAAGCACGUCCGUGA